CAGCUGAUGUUCUGAAUGAGCCCUUAAGUCAAAAACAACAUGGAUUUGAUGAUCAGACAACUGUUAUGUGGAGCAGAGAAUCAUCAAGAUUCGGAAUCCCUGAAAAAUGCGUAUGAAUUCAUUAAAGCUGCCACCGAAGGAAAAUCUGCUCUCGAUUCCUCAGAAAGCUUCAGCUCUGAUCUGUAUGUUUUGUGUGCAGAACAAGCACUUAAGCUGGGGUAUCCUGAAAUGAGCACGGACUGCCUCCAGAUGUACUUCAAGGGGAAACCUCCUUUAAACCAGUUUUUAGGCAGAGCCCACUUAUGCGAAGCCCAGUUACAUACUCCACAUUCUGCGGAUAAUUUGGAGGAAUUUGAGAAGAGUGUGAUUCAUUAUAUGAAAGCAAUUAACUUUGCAAAAGAAGAUUCCAGGUAUUACUUUUUGAUCUACAAUGCCUCGGUUCUCUACUGGCAGAUGGUAAGGCCAUUCCUGAAGCCUGGCUCUCGCCACUUUCUGAUCCCCAGCCUGUCUCAAAUCGUGGCCGUUUUGAAUGAAGCGGCUGAGAAAGAUAAGGAGUGGAGAGCCGAACUUAUGCUAGAACUACUGGAAUGUUUUCUCGAUGCUAGAAAAACAGCAGAAGCUGCUGAAUUUUCCUCCACUGCAGCAGCAUAUAUUAAAGUUAAUGUGCCUCAUAAAUAUCAACAACUAUUUUCUAUUAUGGUGCAUCACAAGCUAAUGGAUGAUUCUCAAAUGGAAACAGAAAUGCAGGAGUCAGUCUGUUUAUCGGUUAUUCAUAACAUACAGACAUUAAAAUCGAAACUGGAUGGAAAAGAGAUGCCCCAAGAAGCAAACACAUACCUGCAGAAUGCCUACAAACUUUUAAAGCAAUAUGAUGAUCGGUCCCUGACUUCAGUCGGAGGUGAAAGAUUGCCUUUGCUCUUAGAAUUGGCUCGCCUUUCUUUGACAAUGAAAUCCAUUGAACUUUCAUAUGAUUGUAUAUGUGAUCUGAAAGAAUUUAAAAAUGAUGAUCCUGGAAGACAAAUUGAAAUCGAAUGCCUGGAAUAUGAGUUUCAAGUUUUGAAACUGGGUAAUAAAAUUAAAACAUAUGCCCGGAGUGCUGUUGAGACCCAGUUGAAUGUGAUAAAGAGUCUGGAUGUAGUCCUGCUGCGGGCCAUCCGAAUGGGAGAUCCCAACCUCAUCCAAGUGGUGUGUGCCACUCAGUGGAAUCUCUGCCUGCCACUGUUACAGCACAAUUUGCGUUGCAAUUUGCGCAAGUCGCUAAUGAACAUCGCCGAGAUCCUUGAAAAGAUCGACAGCCUGAUGGUAGAGAUGCGUUGCCAGAUCCAUAUGGAAAUUGCUCACAUCGAAGAGGAUGAAGAUCGAAUUGAGGCAGCCAUGGACCAUCUCCAGAAAGCAAUGCAUCUCGAUGACAGAGGCCAGUAUCAGGAUCAUCUUCAAAUGGUGUUUAACCGCCUUCAUCUGUGCAGCAUGCUCUACCAGUCACCCGAACGCCAAGAGGAUAAGGCCAUCAAGACCAUCGAGCAGGCCAAAAAAGCUAGACAGAAAGACAGCGUGAGGGAAAAACGAGCUCUGUUGGUGAAUGCAGGCCUCGCUUUAGCUCCCGAUACCUUUCAAAUCGUUCUGGAUAGUGAAAACGAUGCUAAAGUUUCCACAGGUAAAAGCAGGAGCCAGAUCAGUUUUCUCUGUGCCAAAGCUCACCAUCACACCAAGAGUGUGGAGAAAGCUGGAGGACAUUUGAAACGAUUAGGACGUGAAAAUGAAAAAGAGAGAAUCCAAAUCUGGGCAGACCUCGCCAAAGUGGCUCGGAAGCAAGGUGUGUGGGAUGUUUGCCGAACAGCCAGCAGGUUCUGCCUCUUGUAUGAUGAUAUGAAAUUCAAGAAGACAUCCCAACCCACGAAAGAAAUUGCAGUCUCAAUGGUGCUUUCAGAGAAGAAGAAGAAAACAGUUGAAAACCCAGAUCGGCUGCUAUCAGCUCCCUCCGAAUUGAGUUCGCCUGCCAAAUCACUGUCUCCUGAUCUGCUCAGAACUUUUGCAGAAGUAGGAUUCAUUAAUGCCGAGGCCACGAUUCAUUUGCUUCAUUGUGAAGGUACUCAGCUGAAUGAUCAGGCUGUCCCACCUGAAGACUUAAGCCAACAUCCGAUUGGCUACGUGUCCCUACCUCCUGCUCAAGAUCCAGAAUGGCUGGAAUAUUGCUCCUGGGUAGAAAACCUAUCUCAGUAUGCUAUGAAAAGCCUGCUGAGGUCAGCAGAAAUUGGACAAGAAAUAAACGAGGCGUGGAUUGUCCACAACGCAGUGGUGUAUGUCUUAAAUCACAACAAGCAUCUUAUAGCCACAGGACGACAGAAGGAACUUGUUGCUCCUUUGCAGAAACUUCUGGAUAUAAUGAAAGUCACUGGACACAGUGGGAAUACUGUUAUUUUAGUGAUGCUAUGUAAUGCUUUGGCUCGAGGCUUAAUGCUCUCCUGGAUCCCCCCGUUCUCCAAGAAUGAGGAAAUGAAGACCAUGGAGACCACUUCAGAGAAAAAUAAAAAGGCUGCCAUCAAAGGCUUCGAAAAGCCGAAUCAGGCUCAGAUCAUGUCGGUGGAUCCCAACGGAGUUCUUGAAAUCAAAUCAGCCUUAGAGAUUUGUGAGUUUGCACUGCAUUUGACAAAUGGGAGUUUGCCCGAAGAAGUGAUACCAAUCCACGUGCGGCAGCAGCUGAUCGCGACGUGGGUUAAAGCCAAACAAUUAAGCCAGCAGCAGAUUGGACGGAAACUUGGAACAGACAGUGAGAACAGUAACGGAGGGCAGGAUCUGAUGACCAAAGUCCUGGUUGCUUUGGAAAUGUACUCAUGCAAUGGUUUGGGACUCAUGGAAUUUGCAGUUCCCAGCUUAACUCAGUUGGUGACAAUGGCUUUAGAAUGCAAUUGGUCAGAUGCCCUGGUGGAACUCCAGACACUCACCCGUUUGACACACUUUGCAUAUGUGUUGCAUGACCAUGAAACGGUGAUGUUGUGUUCACAAGCAGUCACACAGUUGGAUGAGAGAGGCUUCAAGGAUGUGACUUCAAAGACAUCCAAAGUAGGUGAACACAAGUUUAGAGCUGAAAUGUUGAGUACCACUUAUUGCAUACAAGGGAAAAGCAUAAUGGAGAACUUGGCUGGGAAGAAAGAACUGCGCUUCGCAGCAGUGGCAUCGUUUGUCCAAAGCGCAAGAUUUGCAGGGAAAGCUAGGUCGAGUGAGCUAGUGAUGCUGGCCACCCGCCACUUCUGGAACGCCUGCCUUCCUCUUCUCGGCUCCAAGGUUCACAGGGAGAAACUCAAAGUGCCCACGCAAGCCAUCAUCAAGAUUAUCAAUGAAUCAGAGUCUAGAAACCAGGAGGAGACAGAAAGUGCACUUCUUUUGCACCAGUGGCCUACAAUGGAUUUUCAAAUUAUUGGAACCAUGGAAGGAUGCUUUCGCCCAGGAGCAGAGGAUGACCUGACUUUAAGAGCAUCUCUCUACGGAUUGCUGUUCCACAUGCACUCGGACAAUAAUGACUGGGAAACGGGGCUCAAGGUUUUAGAUGAAGCAAUUCUAGCGCUACCUCGGACAUCACACCGACUCCUAAUUUUCAAACACAUGGUAAUAGUGAAAGCAAAACUUGGUCUCAGCUUCAUGAUGGACAUUCAGAAGUUCAAAGAUGAAAGUGAAGAUUAUUUAUCCCACAUGUGGCACCGUUUGGCCCUGAAUUCCAAAGAUCUUCAUCGACAAUUAACGUGCUUUCAGAAUGCAAUUCAAGCUUUACAGAAACAAGAGAGCACAUGGCAGAAAGUUGAUUUCCUAAUGGAAUUUGCAGAAUGGUUAUAUUUCAAACAGUUUCCUCUCAAUGAUGCUAUUUACCAGCUGAACUGGGCAAUCGAUAUCUCACUCCAAAUGACAUAUUCUCUGAACUUGAUUGAAGAGGAAGAGAAAAGUUACCUAGCGCAAGCAGCGUUUCUCGAAACGCAACCGUCCAAGGAGAUUAAACAGAUAACCAUCAACGAUAUAAGGAAUGUGAGACAAUUAGAAACACUGGUUAGAGCUCACACUAUAAUGGCUUUCAUUUUGCCUCACGGUUCAUCCAAUCACCAAGAACACUGCUUAAUGGCAUAUGCUUAUGUCUUGCGCAUCUGGAAGGUUUCUUUAGCAACAGCAGGAAAUCACAUACAGGCAGCCAACAGAACUCCAGUGACCAGCCAGCAGUCUACUCCAUCUAAAAAAGAGAAACAGAAAAGUAAAAGAAAAGACAAAGAAAAUAAAGAAAAUCCCAAGCCAAAAAAGGAAACCAAACCGGUCCAGCCUGUGCUUAUGAAACCCGCUGAAACCAUGCCAGGAAGUGUUGAAGAAUGGGCUUCAUAUGACUGCCCCGAGGAAGUUUUAGCAAUCUUCAAACAGCAUCUUGGUGGCUGUGCUAUUAACAGCGAGAGUUUCCUCAAACCUACGUACAGUUUAUACUACCUGGACCUGUUGGUGAAGGUGAUGCAGACAAUUUCGCUGACACACCUAACUCUCCCCAUCCUGCAUCUGGCCAAAGUCAUCGUGGAUGUCACUGUAGACUGUAGAAGCCUCUCUGAUCUCUACCACCUCAGAAUUGCCCAAAUGUGCUAUGAUUUGAAAUUGAGCCACGCAGCUACUUUUCAUGAGGAAAAAGUUGGUGGAAUAUACAUUUAUGAAAUGGAGCAAGCGAAUUGUAGAAAAGAAAUUGCAUUGAGGAAAGAAAAAAAUGAACAACCUACAAAGAAGGAAGAAGCCAGGAAUACGCUGGACCAAAAGACUAAUCCAGGUCUGACUCAAGGCAAACCUCUUGAUGCAAAAGAAAAGAUUUUGGAUAUAAACUCAGAGACUGGAAAGGGUCUCUGUAGCCUUUCCUUCCCAUACCUGUGGAUUUCCAAGGCUGAAAUGCUACUUGAGUUGGGCUUAUAUCAACCCGCGAGACUGCUGCUGGCCGAAGCACACGCGGCUUUUCAGGAACUUAAUGACCCCUGUGCAGUAUCAAAAUGCUUGCAUCUCCUAGCCGAAUUGGCCAUCAAGGAAAAUAAGUAUGGACAAGCAAAAGCACUGAUUGAGGCAGCCCAGGACAUCGGAGGCAAUGAAGAAUUCUGGUACAAAAGUACCCUCAGUUUUGUAGAGACAGUCGUGGCAGGAGAAAGAGAAGGAAAAGAAAGAAUGGCUUGCAAUAUUUUGCAAAAAACCAUAAAUGUAUUCCAGAUUGUGUUGAAGGAAAGACCUAACCGAGACUGUCUCCUGGGAUUCUGGAUUACGUCUCUGGAAGCCAGGAAAAUAGAUUUUCAGAUAAUGCUUUAUCAAAAUUCAGAAAGUGGAAAUACAUCCCAGUUGCCAUUUGUACCAGAGGAAAUAUGUGAGACGUUGAUGCAACUUGGAGAAGAUUUCCUUCAUUUUGGAUUUAUAGAGCAUUCCAUUGAAAUGAAGAUGAAACAUGCGAAAUUCAAAAGCUUGUUUGCCAAAAAUGAAAAGAAUGAAGAGGAAAAGCAUUCAUAUUAUUUAGAAUCCCAUGUAUUGGCCCAGAGAGCAGUGGCAGAAGAAGAAGAAAGGUUUCAGAACAUUCAGAGCUUAACACCCUGCAAUGAGACACAGAAUAUCAGUACGCCAUUAAUGAGGAAACUCGCCAACAUGAAGCUGAGUCUGGUGGAAAUUUCACUGGACAUACUUCAAGUCAUUCAAACGGAAACUUUUAUCAAACAACUGGAGAAAGAAUCACUGAAAAGAAUCCUUUCAGAAUACAUGCGGAAUACCAGUGAUGUUACUUCCAACGAAUAUAAAUGGUUCACGCUCAGCCGAACACUGGCUCCCAAGACCCUCGCUCAUUUGGCCACCCUGCCAAUCCUGGCAACUGGAUGCCCAGAGAUCCGGGCCAACUUCCUUCACCUCAUGGGGAAAGCUCUCCACUUACUUGCCAUUCAGGUCGACCCAGUGAAUCCCUCAUCCUACUGGGAUGACAAUUUCUGGUUAGAAGCUAAAUUAAAUGCCUCAAAUGAGUUUGCAGAAGACACAGAAAGCAACAAAAGUGCAGUUCCAAGUUUGGAAUCCCAUCUCUCUGAACCAAUGGGUGAGAAACAAAGAAAGAAAGGAAUUGAAUUAAAGAAAAAGAUGGUCUUAGCCCAAAGAUAUCUCUCUCAAGCUACAGAGAUUUUUCUCCAGUCCAUGAGCAUCGCCUUCAGUAACAAUAUUCUCCACACCCUGGCUGCUUCCAGCCUUGAAAUGGUUGAAUGCCUGGGGCGAUUGGAUCCAAAUGCAGCAGUCCAGUUUUUGGCUUUGUACCAGAGUUGCUCUGCCUCCCUGAUGAUGAAAGAAAUCCUGCUGACGGCCACGAGAGACACGAGUAGCUCUCAGCCUGCAGCCCUGCUGCAGCUUCUUCGACAGCUAGAACUGCAGGGGAAAAUGACCUGUCAACUUUCCACCAAGGCGGUGACUAAAUUAGCCUCCAUUUCUAAGGCAUGGCAAAAUCUCUGUGUUCCCAUACAACAUUUCAAUAUCCUGAAUGAGAUUCCAUCUAAUUUCCGUGUAGUCAUCCUUCAGCAUUCAGAAGACAGGUCUUUUUUGUACAGUGCCAUCCUUGAGAAGCCCAAGUUUACUGUUGGUGCGAAAGGAAAACCUUUGCAAAUUGGUGGUCAUUGUAAAAUUUCGCGCAUUGCUGUGGAUUCUGCUUCACUCUCCCGGUUAAUAGCAGAUGUACACGAUUUUAAGCAGAAAGUAAAGAUCAGCCUCUUCAAAGAAACUCAAUUUAGUCUGGGUGGAGAGGUACAGGCUAAGACACUAAUUUUAGCUGCGGAGGAGGAAAAUAUGCAACGUUUUAGCAGCAUUUGGAAAUCCAUGGAAAAUUACCUGAGGCCAGUUCUCUCAGUCUUCAAUUCAUCUGAUUUAAGAAUUCCAACGCCUUCGUUGUCGAUUGAAGAGGGAAAACCCAAAAGCAGAGAAAAAGAUUCCCCAGGCAUUCCAGCAGAAGCUGUAGACUAUGCUGUAAUAAUGGCAGACAGAUUACUUCAGGAAUUGCCGCUGGAAGCUCUGAGUUUCUUCGAAGAAGGGAUGAUAUCAUCCAUCUCCAGAGAAGUUUCCCUCCAGAUGCUACAUAACCGGCUUCGCAAAGAAGAGCCAGAAGUUGUGAUAAAGAAAGAGAGUAAAGGAACUAAAGAUCCCAAGACCAAAGGAGGCCAAAAGAGGAAUACCAAAUCGGCCCCUCUAAGCCGGGUCGUUCCUCCCAACUGCAUUGGGGUCGAUACAAAUAAUUUUAAAUACAUUGUGGAUCCUUUUGAAGAGGCGACAGCUAUAGAAUAUCUGAGCCCUUCCUUCAGAAUGCGGGAAAUUUUGGAAAGAUACCAAGACCAAUUCACAUCCCGAUGGGUUGGAUUUAUUGGGAAUAAAUGUUUUCCAAGUCAGGCUGAGUGGGAACAGUUUUUGACCAACUGCAGCGCAUUCCUCUUCUAUGGCAUGGAACAGUUCGCCACUCAUAUAUUAGUGGACCGAUUAGCAGCCAUGAAUUUACAAGACUGUCAGUUGGUGAUUCUGUUAGACAUGGUGCAGUCAUCACAGAGUCUACAGCGACGAUCAAAGUUUGAUGAAAAUAAGAGCAAUCAACAGCUUUUGAUAGAGAGACCGAUAGAAACAGCAGUCCUAUUGAGCCUUUGUGGGGUGCACAGCGUUAUGAUCAACCAGUGGCACACAACUCUGCAACACAAUGCCAGAAGACUGCAACUCCUGUGUGAAAAUCUGUUAAGAACUGGAAAAACAAGUGGGAAGACGGUGCAUUUAUUUCACAGGCAAGGAGUGGAAGAGAUGGUUAUUGAAGAAGACUCUCUCAAAACGGCCAAAGAAAGAAAAACAAGCCGUCCUUCCACAUCCAGAAUCCUAGUCUCCGAAUUUAAAUUGCCUUCGUCGGCCUACAAUUUGGUAAUAUACGGACUGCCUAAUUUGAUCAUCAUCUGAUCUAGGUGGCACGGGCAUCAUCUGGGAGUCUGACAGGAAGGGGGCCUGAUUCAGAGCAAGCCUCCCUCUCUCCCAGCCACCUGAUAGUUCACUUCUUUUUACUAGCAAGGUUUUAGGCCUUUAACCUAAUAUUAAUGUGGAACAUCCCUAGGGGGUAGAUUCAUUCAUUUCCCUACCCUUUAUUAAUGCUAAUCAUUUAGCUAAAUGUACCUCAUCAACCAGGUUUCUGUGUAGCUAUUCAUUUAUUCCAUCGUUGACUAUUUAGCUAAGUUAAAGGCUCCUGAGAAUCGCAAGUCUGUACACUGCUCCUUUUAGUUAAGUACCUCAAUAAAUAGAA